UUUAUGUGAGCACAGAUGGCCGCCGGUGCCACGCCAGAUGGUGAGGUGGGUGCCCUCGCUGAGCAGCGGGACAAGAUGAGGGCCAAGCUACACAAGAUGAAGCAGCAGAUCCAUGAGAGGAGGAUGGAGAACGAAAAGAAUCAGCUGGCGAAGGAAGAGGACAUGAGGAGAGUUGAAGCCAAGACGGAGGAGCUGCAGAGGUGCCAGGAGGAGAAGCUAGCUCUGAAGGCCCAGCUUGAUGCACUGGGACUCUCUCUGGCCAAGCUGGACAUAGCCAUAAAGGACACUGAGCUCAGGACCAUGGAGGCUGGCAGUGAGAAGCAGAGGCUGGAGGGCCUUGUGAUCCAGGCCAGCGAGGAACAGGAGAUCAAGAAGAGGGACGAGAAGUUGGCAGUGCUCAAGGAGGACAACCAGAAGAAGAAGGAUCAUCUGGCCCAGCUGCAGCAGAGAGCCAGCUUCAUCAAUACAACCAAGGAGAAACUGGACAAGCUCAUAGCAAUGCUGCAAGAGAUCCAGCAGGAAAAGUCAAAGGAGAAGGUUCUCGAGGACCUGGAGCGCAACCAGACGGAGCAGGACAUUGUGUGCAAGGAAGUGAGUGAUGACGUGGCUGACCUGGACGGGCAGAUCAGACAGUCCAUGGAGGAGAUCCGAACACCAACAUCAUGA